AUCACCAACCAAGCACAUAUGUUAAAAAUCACAUCUCUUUCCCUCAAGUCUCAAUAAUCUCAACACUAACUACUCUCCUUCCACCUCCACCACCACCACUAUGCUUCCAUUCCUCUUGUUCCUGCUCUCCUUCCAACACCUCGAGAUAGUUUCCGGCCACUGCACCACCUCCACGGCGGCCAAAACUUUUGAAAAAUGCACAACAUUACCCUCACAAGAUGCCUCCAUUGCAUGGACAUUUCAUCCGCAUAAUGCCACCCUUGAUCUUGUCUUUUUUGGCUCCUUCAUUUCACCCUCCGGUUGGGUUGCAUGGGGAAUCAACCCUGAUUCCCCUGGAAUGACCGGGACACGGGCACUCAUCGCCUUCCCAGACCCCAACUCCGGCCAAGUAGUCCUGCUACCUUACAUUUUAGACCCUGGUGUCAAACUCCAAAAGAGCCCUCUUCUCUCUCGUCCCCUAGACAUCCACCUCCUGUCCUCCUCCGCCACCUUGUAUGGCGGACGCCUAGCCACCAUCCACCGUGGAGCGGCAAUUCAAAUUCACGCCACAUUAAAACUUGUUCCAAACAAAACCAAAAUUCAUCAUGUUUGGAACAGAGGCCUUUAUGUCCAAGGCUACUCACCAACUAUUCACCCCACCACAAACAGUGACCUUUCUUCUGCGGCUACAAUAGACGUCAUGUCCGGCACGGCAGCCACCACUCACAGCAACCUCCACACUCUUAAGAUGGUUCACGGUGUGCUCAACGCCGUCUCAUGGGGAGUCCUGCUCCCCGUGGGCGUGGUUGCAUCUCGUUACCUAAGGCACUUCCAGUCACUAGGACCUGCAUGGUUUUAUUUCCAUGCAGGCAUCCAGCUUUCCGGAAUAGUCCUCGGGACCACCGGAUUCGCCAUUGGAAUCCGGCUAGGACAAAUGUCAUCAGGCACGGUGUAUGGACUUCACAGGAAGCUAGGCAUCUCAGCGUUCUGUUUGGGGAGUCUGCAAACUCUGGCAUUGUUGUUUAGGCCAAAAACAACCAACAAGUACAGGAAGUACUGGAAAUCUUAUCACCAUUUUGUCGGGUAUGCGUGUGUGGUUUUAGGUGUUGUGAAUGUGUUUCAGGGAUUUGAAGUGAUGGGGGAGGGAAGUUCAAUUGCGAAAUUGAGCUAUUGUUUGUCUCUGUCGACGUUGAUUGGCAUCUGUAUAGCUCUUGAAGUGAACGCAUGGGUGAUUUUUUGCAGGAAAGCCGAGGAAGACAAGUUGAGAAGAGAAGGGUUGAUUGUGGGAUCAGAGAAAGCCAGUACCAUAAGCCAUGGUUACAUACAUUAAGAAUUUCUUUUGCAGUUUUGUUAAUUUAAUAUAUUGUUUUGGCCUUUUGAAAUCUUCAUUGUUGAACAUCAACUACCAAGAGCAACUCCUUGGUGGUGCAAAACGCGGUGACAAUCCCUAAAAAUUGAGAAUUCUCCUUCCAUUC